AUGGAUCUGCCAAAAUUCAACCAGCGUGAGAAGGCUUUGGAGGACGAGUAUAUCCGGCGCAAGGAGGCUGAAAAAUUCAAGCCUCAGACAACUCAACCGGGAUCCUCGGGUACACAGGCUGGGAAUACGGCGCAGAAUGCUGAAUCGAAGAAAUGA